ACAUGCUCUGUGCGGAGAUGUUCAAGGCCUGGCACUGGAGAGCUGCUCUGUUGUGGAGCUGAGCAAGGCAUUAAUCGAACACUAAAAAACAAAGACUUACUGCUCUGGAUACCCCAGCAAAGGUUGGCAGAAGGGUUCCGGGAGGUUCUGUCGAUCUCCUACUUCUCCACAAUGAGAGCAAUUUUGGUUCUUCUCUUCCCUUCUCCCUGUAGUUGAUAUUUUUGGAACUGGAGGGGAUGCUGCGGUAGAGAUGGCAGACAGUGUAAAAACCUUCCUUCAUGAUCUCGUCAGGGGAAUUAAGGACUCCAUCUGGGGGAUCUGCACAAUCUCUAAGCUGGAUGCCCGGAUCCAGCAGAAAAGGGAAGAGCAGAAAAAAAAGAGAGCAAGCAGUGCACUUGCCCAGCGGAGAGCACAGAGUGAUGAGAAAAAGCAGGAGAAUGAACCUCGGAUAGUAAGCCGAAUUUUUCAGUGUUGUGCAUGGAAUGGAGGUGUAUUUUGGCUUAGUCUCCUUCUGUUUUACCGAGUAUUUAUACCUGUACUUCAGUCAGUUACAGCACAAAUAAUUGGUGAUCCCUCAUUACACGGUGAUGUUUGGUCCUGGCUGGAGUUUAUCCUCACCUCCAUUUUCAGUGCCCUUUGGGUUCUUCCUCUCUUCGUGCUCAGUAAAGUUGUCAAUGCCAUCUGGUUUCAGGACAUCGCGGAUUUGGCUUUUGAAGUUUCAGGAAGAAAGCCUCAUCCCUUUCCCAGUGUCAGUAAAAUCAUUGCAGACAUGUUGUUUAAUCUUUUACUACAAGCACUCUUUCUUAUCCAGGGGAUGAUUGUGAGCCUUUUCCCAAUCGAUAUCAUUGGUCAGUUGGUUAGCCUCCUGCACAUGUCACUGCUCUACUCCCUAUAUUGCUUUGAGUACCGAUGGUUUAACAAAGGAAUUGAAAUGCAUCAGCGGUUAUCCAACAUUGAGCGGAACUGGCCCUACUAUUUUGGAUUUGGUUUACCACUGGCUUUUCUCACUGCAAUGCAGUCCUCUUAUAUCAUCAGUGGCUGCCUGUUCUCCAUUCUUUUCCCUCUAUUUAUUAUCAGCGCCAAUGAAGCAAAGACACCUGGGAAAACAUACCACUUCCAGCUGCGUCUCUUUUCUUUAGUGGUUUUCCUCAGCAACAGACUCUUUCACAAGACAGUUUACCUUCAGUCCACCCUGAGCAGCUCCUCCUCCGUGGACAGACUGCCCACUCCUCACCCAUCCCCUGCCAAACAGAAGGCUGCUUUGGGGCACUGAACUACAACCAAAGCGGGGGCAUCAUCCUUGGCUGCUACAUAUGCCCCUGUAACCCAAGGACCGGCAGGACCCAUUCUGCCAAGGGGCUUGUGCAUGUCCUACCAAACACUGUCAAAAGCCCCAUCUGGACAUUGGUUUUUGUGUCCCAUUGAAAGCGUGGCUGGAAAUUUUGGGGAAAGUCGGGAUUUUUAACACCUUUGAGUUUUAAAAAGCCGGGUUCUCUGUGCUUGUUUUAUAGAGUGUAACAGACCUGUGCCUGUACUGUUUUGUAUGCUCUUUUCCUGUGCCAUCUCCCCCCUGUCCCAGAAAGAAUGAUUUUGUAAUCCAUAUUUUGCUGUAGUUUUGUGAAGCUGAUGGGAGUCUCUACAGUAGGUUGCCCAACUGUUGGGUUCAAUGAUCAUCAUCAUUUGUAUACUGUAACUCAGGUCAGGGUUUUGUAAUUCCUGCUGUGCUGAAAAGCAGAAUUGGAAGACAAACUAGAUCAUGCUGAUCUAGGGGCAAGAUAAGUCUAUACAGAGAGGGGACUCUCCCUUCCUGCACUAUCUAAUGAGCUUCAUUCAAGCUCUUUCUGUUGUCUGGCAAAUUUGGGUCUGUUGUCAAUACAAGACCUGGACAAGUGCCACCUUUCAGCAUCCAGUAUGUGUACUGGAGGGCAUCACUUUCACAGAAAUGAAGCAAAUGCCUCACCUAAACAGCAGAAUGUUGGGGGUUUUUUUUAAAUAAAAAUGAAAAUCUUGUUUUGGAGCUGGUGAAAGCUCCUUCUGAAACUUCAAAGGGAAUUCAGAACUAAGGUCAGGAGCUGAAAUGGGAACUGACUGAAAUGUGUUAAAUCUGUGCUUGGGUUAUGUGGUUUUUAUGUAAUAUUUUUUUGUCUCAGCAAUUAGAUGCUUCUAAAAAUUAGUGUCUGCCAGUUUUCCAUGGAGGCACCAUGCAGACUGGUGGUAUAUAAAAGAGAGAAAAUUAUGAGAUUACAAACUGUAUCCAGAUAAUGCAAGGCAGAAUUAUUGAUUUUUUCACUGGAUUUGUCGGAGAACGCAGACCUGCACCAGGCCACUGCCCUGCUUAAGUUGGUGUAUGUCUUGGAGGGAAAAGGGCUUGUUGAAGUUAACAAGAAAAGCUCCAGUGUACUAUUUAUAUUGCAAUUGUUGUCCCAGUGUACCUGGAAUGGUAUUAGCAGAAGUACACCUCUAAAUGGUUGUGAUUGCAGUGAAACUGCUUUGUCAGCUCAGGAUAUGUGAACUCAUAUAUAUGUGUGUAAGUCUGUGUGUGUCUGUGUGUAUAUAUACUCUGUGUAUACACAAAGAGAGAGCAAUCAGUCCUGAUUCUAGACAGUGUUCUUCAUGCAUGUAAAAUUUCUGUAGGGCAGAACAGUCUAUGACAUUCAAAAAGCCCUUUGGUUUUUCAGAACUGAGGUCGGUCAACAGAUACACUUUUCUCUAGUAUUUUCACACUGAAAUAUUAAAUGAAAAAAGUCAAAAUUUGCAUUGA